CACCCUGGCCACUCCGAGGUGCUAUCGACGCCGCCCUCACCCCUACAGCCAUGAUCUCCUUAACAGACACCCAGAAAAUUGGAAUGGGAUUAACAGGAUUUGGAGUGUUUUUCCUGUUCUUUGGAAUGAUUCUCUUUUUUGACAAAGCACUACUGGCUAUUGGAAAUGUUUUAUUUGUGGCUGCCUUGGCUUUUUAAAUUGGUUUAGAAAGAACGUUCAGAUUCUUCUUCCAAAAACAUAAAAUGAAAGCUACAGGAUUUUUCCUGGGUGGUGUAUUUGUAGUCCUGAUUGGUUGGCCUUUGAUAGGCAUGAUCUUCGAAAUUUAUGGAUUCUUUCUCUUCUUCAGGGGCUUCUUUCCUGUGGUUGUUGGAUUUAUUAGAAGAGUGCCAGUCCUUGGAUCACUCUUGAAUUUACCUGGAAUUAGAUCAUUUGUAGAUAAAGUCGGAGAAAGCAACAAUAUGGUAUAACAACAAGUGAAUUG